UUUGCUCUCUGCGUCCAAUGAGAGCUCAUGUGCAAGAAAUUCACCGGAUGUGUGUAACGGCCCUGAGCUAACCUCAACUCACAGCGAGGUGAAGAUGAAAGAAAAAAAAAAGAGACAAAGAAGUGUGUGUGUGUGAGAGAGAGAUAGAUAGAUAGAUAGAGAGAGACUGUGUACAUUAUCAUUCUGGAACAUUCCGAGUAAAGAUGAUGGCAUCUCUGAUCAUCAGCAGUCUGUUAAUCCUGGUGCUGCUCAGUGUCAGUGCUAAUACAGACGAGUCUCAUGCAGACUGUAUCCCGUCUAUCAUGGUGCCGAGGAACACAUUGUGGAGAGCUCGUGUUACGGACCUUGUGAUGAUCAACUGUACUGUAGACACUGAAUCACACUGCUGGAAGAAUGUGGACGUGUCGUGGUGCAGAAUUGAUAAUAAAAGUGAAUGCAGAUCUUUAAAACACUCUGAUCACAUGACAACAGGACGGAGGAGCAUCACUGAGAGUAAAGUAAUGUUAUUCCUGAUUUUCUGGAAAAUCUCCAUGCAGGACGCUGGACUUUACAGGUGUGAGAUAAAGUCACUUACACCCACUGUAAGCCAUGCCAUCAAUGUAACUGUGACAGAGUCUGAUCCGGACUGUACCCCAUCUAUCACGGGGCCGAGGAACACGGUGUGGAGAGCUCGUGUAACAGACUUCCUGAUGAUCAACUGUACUGUCGUCAGUGAGUCACACUGCUGGAAGAACAUGGAAGUGUCAUGGUGCAGAAUUGAUGAUAAAAAUGGAUGCAGACCUUUAAAACACUCCAGUAACAUCCACAUCAUAACAGAAUUGAGGAGCAUCAGUGACAGUAAAAGAACAUCAUUUGUGAUUUUCUGGAAAAUCUCCAUGCAGGACGCUGGACUCUACAGGUGUGAGAUAACGUCACCUGAGUACACUGUAAACCAUACCAUGAAUGUUACUGUGACAGGUACUCCUGCAAUUACAGUUAAUGUGACGGAUGAGACACACACACCCCUGAGUGGUGAGAAGUGGUUCUAUGUGAUCUACUUUAGUGUGUUUGUAUUCGCUCUUAUCCUCGCUGUUCCACUCGUCCUGAGCAGAGGUUUAAAGAAGUUUCCGAAGGACGAGGUUACCAUGACAACUGUGACUUAUGAAGAGGCAGAAAAAUCCAGUGUUCAGGAUUAACACAAAUCUCCAAUUCAUGUAAAGGGACUGAGCAGCGUGUUGGCGUCAGCGUGUUGGCGUCAGCGUGUUGGCGUCAGCGUGUUGGCGUCAGCGUGUUGGCGUCAGCGUGUUGGCGUCAGCGUGUUGGCGUCAGCGUGUUGGCGUCGCUGUUCAGGAGGAAAUGGGAUUGUGAUUAAACACACUUAUUGCUGUUUAUAGAUCAUGGUGUGUUUUAUGGAGUUUUACAGAGAGAUGUUUUAGUGUGUUUGUGUUUAAAUAUUGUUUCAUCAUUUCAGUUACAAUGAAAAUUUCUGCAAUGUGGCUGAAUUAUAGAUAACCUCAUUACAUUAUAAAUCAUAUUGUGUUACUUCUAGACCUUUUCCAUCAUGUGAUUUUUUUUCUCAUGGCAGAUUAUUAAAUAAACUCUUCCUG